CUCUGCAAGCAGCCCCAUCAGCUUCCCCACACACACAACUUGUCCAUCCCAGUACCUGCUGCAAUGCCAGUGCACAGUCACUGUCCUUAACGGUGCUCACAUCCCGCUGUCGGGCCGUAAUCCCAUUCUGAGGGAGGUGCUGGGCAUCCGACCCCACGUCCUGGUGCUGAACAAGAUGGACCUGGCUGAUCCCAGCCAGCAGCCGACAGUCUUGGAGCACCUGCAGCGACAGCGAUGCUCACACGUUGUCUUUGCUGACUGCCAGCAUGAUGUCAAUGUCAAGAAGAUUGUUCCCCUGGUUGCCAAGCUGGUGGACAACAGCCCUCGCUACCACAGGGCUGAGAGCACCGAGUACAGCAUCCUGGUGAUCGGUGUGCCCAACGUGGGCAAGUCCUCGCUCAUCAACUCCCUGCGGAGGCUGCACCUCAAAAAGGGGAAAGCCACUGCUGUCGGUGGUGAGCCUGGUGUCACUAAGGCAGUGCUGACCAGAAUCCAGGUCUGCGAGAAGCCCCUGAUGUACCUGGUGGAUACUCCUGGUGUGUUGUCACCAAACCUGGGCGACGUGGAGACUGGCAUGAAGCUGGCACUGUGCGGAGCCAUCCGUGACCACCUAGUUGGGGAGGACAUCAUGGCCGACUACCUCCUGUAUGCCCUGAACAAGCGGCAGCAGUUCAGGUAUGUGCAGCGUUAUGGGCUGGCUGAUGCCUGCGACGACAUUGAGCUUGUGCUGAGGCACGUGGCCCUCGCCAAAGGCAGGAUGCAGAAGGUGAAGGUGUUGACGGGCACAGGGAAUGUCAACAUGAUGAUGCUCAACUACCCCGCUGCUGCCUAUGAGUUCCUGCGGGAUUUCCGGGCAGGACGCCUGGGCAGGGUGACACUGGACUGA